AUGAAUAUUAAUAACUAAUUACUUAAGAUAGUAUAAGAUGUAAAAAUCAUCUUUUAUUUAUAGAUUCAAUUAGCUAUAAAGAGUGACUUUGAUCUCAAACCUAACCUUGAUGAUUUGAUUAAAAUUUUAUAAUAAUAAGUGACCAUAUUGAUUGAUUUGGUAUAACAACAAAAGAGUGUUGAGUAUGAUUAAUUAGAGAAAGCAGUUUAGAAGGCUGAAGCUGAAAUUCGCAAUCAUGUUAGAGUAAUAAAAUAAUUCCUAAUCAUUUUUAGGUCGAAUAGUAAAUGAAAUUAUAUUCAGAUGGUCUUUAAGACAAGAUUGAUUAAUUAGAGAGGGAAAAAUAAGAAUUAUUUGAUAAAGUAUUCAAUAAUCAUUCUAACUUAUAAGAAUAAAACACUUCUUUAAACUUAAGAAAGAAAGAUCUCUUCAUAAAAUCCUACUAGAGAAUCAAGUCCUAGUUUAUUUAAGAAGUCUUACAUAUUAGGCAAUCAAGUUUACAAUAGAUAAUAAGGAAUCUCAUAAGAUAAUUGUACAUCAGUCAUAUAAAAUCCUGAUUCUCUAUAAACUAGAGAUAAAAGAAGUUCUGGUACUUAACAUUCCUAUGUAAUGAUGAAAAAUAUGUAUCAAAUCUGUUAUUUACUUAGUCGAGAAAAAAUCAAUAUGAAUGCUUCACAAGAAAAAAUUAAUGAUAAAAGUUCUACCCUUCUCAAAUCACAAAAUAGCUCCUCACUCAUUAAGAUGUAUAAUAUUUAAAAAUUAAUCAUCAAAAAUUAAUAAGAUAAAAAUUUACAACAAUUAAAAAAGUACUAUAUCAUUUCUAACUUUAGCAAAACUUUUAAUCAAAUUUUAGAUGAUUCUUAAGCUACAAAAAAGAAACCUUGA